ACCAUUUUAGACAUGAUUACAAUUAGUUACACUUGCUAUGGUGAACUUAAGCUACGCCAUACACUGGCAAUAAUAAUCUUACACCAAAACAUCCACUGCUGCCAUUGAUAAUAUCUUUUUAUAGUUUUGAAUGCCCAAAUUUUUAAUUAUGCAUAUGAUCUUUCACUCUUUUAAUAAAGGAAGAUAUUAUUAAACUGUACAGAUAUUUACUGUUUUUGUUCAUCAUUUGUAUCUUUUAAAAGUAUUUAAAUCAAAUAAAAAAGAUUCCCUGCUGACAGGAAAGAGUCAAACACAAAGAAGGGAUCUAAAAGGCCAUCAGGUGGCUGAAAAGGUUACCACAUUUAAAAAAUAAAGAUAAUUGAAUUCCUUUUCGACUAACUUAUUUUAGAAGAACAAGAAGAGACGAGUAAACAUCUCUUUUAGUUUUAGGCAUUAUAGAUGACCAUAGCUUUGAUGGCAUUAUUUUUUAUUAUAUUACUCUUAUUGUUUAAGAACCAUUUAAAUGAUAAAACACCGUCAUUUAUAUCACCGAUUAACAGGUAUAAAAGGAACAGAAAUAGACCAUGCUGAUGGUUUUCUGAUUUGUCAGACCUUUUAAUUAAAAAUAAAGUUAGAUUUAAUGAUUUAGCUUGUGAAAAUUAGGGUUAAUUUGAGACCACCUUUGAAUGCAUCAUAGCUAUACAAUUUAACAAUGAGAAUAUUUAAGACGAAUCUUCUGUCCAGAUCGUUUUCACUUGUAAAGGAAAUCACCUGGACAUUGAUUUGACCCACCCCCGCUUUACCCACACUGGCCAGUAGGGGCGCUCGUUUUCUAACGGACCUGCAGGGGGAGCGCAAGGAAUUCUGGGACUUUUAGUUCUCAGCAGAGGACGGUUGGCUUGAUAACACCGCGAAGAACAAAACGAGACAUUUACCAGCGAAAAUAAAACACCAGCCUCAAUUUCAUCAUAAAUACAAGCUCUACAUGCUUGGAGUCCGGAUAAAUACCGGUGGAUUUAGCGGUCGUAAGAAGAAAAGCAGCUCACUUUUGGUGAAAAAUAAACAGGAAGUUGUUAGCGUUGUGGGACGUGUAGUUCCGCUUGUAGGCCACUGAGCUUCAUUACAACGCAUUGAAAAAAGAAACAACAAUUAAAUAAGCUAAACUUCACCCCGACGACCGUGCUCUAAAGCCUAAGUGUUGAAGCAAACAUGCCAGGUUUUACGUGCUGUGUCCCGGGCUGCUACAACAACUCGCACCGGGACCGGGACCUGCGCUUCUACACGUUUCCCAAAGACAGCACGCUGAGGGAGCUGUGGCUGCGGAACAUCUCCCGGGCCGGGGUCAGCGGCUGCUUCAGCACCUUCCAGCCCACCACCGGGCACCGGGUCUGCAGCGUGCACUUCGCCGGCGGGAGGAAGACCUACACCAUCAGAGUGCCGUCCCUCUUCCCUCUGCGGGGUGUCAAUGAGCGCAGGAGCCGGAGGGGCAGAGGCAGGAAGGUGUCAGCGGCGGGGGCUACAGCACCCGGUGCCGCAGCCCCCUCUGGGAUAUUGAUCUCCAGUGUGCUGGGCAGUGUGGCGGCGGAGGGAGCCGAGGGCACCACGGGAGGAGAGGCGAGUGAUGACAGCAGCAUCACCGUGGUGCAGAUAGGGCAGAACGGGGAGUACCUGGGCACGGCGCGGCUCCCCGCACAGACAGAGGGGACAAGUUACACGGAGCCCAUCACCGAGGAGUUCAUCGGGGACGACCUGUCGGAAACCGGUUCGCACCUGGCGGCCGUGCAGUACGUGAGUGUAACCAGCAGCCCGCUGGACCACUCGUACUCGCUGACCACCGGCACCACGUCGGCCGAGCUGCUGCGGAAGCUGAACGAGCAGCGGGACAUCAUCGCGCUGAUGGAGGUGAAGAUGAAGGAGAUGAAGGCGACCAUCCGCCAGCUGCGGGUCGCCGAGGCCAAGCUGCAGGAGGAGGUGCGCGAGCGGGACCGGCUGCUCUACGGGAACUCCGUGGCCUUAAGCGUCCGCAAGAAAAUCUGAAGGGUGCAUAUCACCGGAGAGGACCCGUUACAGAGACUGACUAACGGAUAUGACACCGAUCCAACCCUAUUUUGUAUAAAACUACGAGCGAUGACAAUUUAUUUUCGAGAAGUAGAGCUAACUUUUCGUAGGCCUGUGUUGAAAAAGUUGACAGGCUAUUUCAUGUAGGCUAGCUUAUAUUAAAAACAUGCACAGUGCACUAUUGGCCGGUUCCCAUCCAGGAUCAAUAUUACAUAUGUUAUUCAAUCAAACAAGAAUCAUAGUAUGCACAGACUGACAAGAUAGCAGGAUUAUACAUGUGUGACGUGACUGAUGAGGAGGAUGCUCUCAACUGCCUAGUUAUGUAGAACAUUUUCUUUUUGAAAGUUCUCUUAUUUCCUUACUUGAGAUUUUGAAUUAGGAGCUUGUAGCAGAAACAUCUAGUAGAUUUGCAGAGGUAAACUAUGCCAAGAUUGCGCAUCUAUAGGAUUUUCUGUAUACGAAACACUAUUCUUGGCCCACUUGGGUGUUAGUCAAUGAAGUACAGCUCUACCAUGACUUUAUCUGAGUUGCCUUUAAAGAGAGCUUAAGAUGCUUUCCCUUGAUAUGUGUUGAUAUAAGACAUUUGAUCAUCAAGGAACAGACUUUAAGGAAUUAUUUCAAACUUGAAGGCACUCAAACAAUGUAAUCUUAUUAAAAUGAUCUUUCUUGGA